CAACGACUCCUCAGUGAGUCGUCGUCGAUCUCAAUCAAAGAUCUAUCAAAAUGAACAAUUAAAUAUUUAUGUAUCGAAGUAUGUACUUAAAUGAGGUCGGACAUCGGGAAAGGUUACCCGUCGCUCGCCGAGUGGCGAGUGGGGCGCCGCAGAGACGAGCGCGCUCGUCCUCACAACACGCUAACGCGGCGCCUGCGACGGACACGCGACACACUCUCGCGCCUCGCGCCUCGCCACUGCAGCUCCGCCACCACUGCAGCUCCGCCACCACUGCAGCUCCGCCACCACUGCAGCUCCGCCACCACUGCAGCUCCGCCACCACUGCAGCGCUGAGCGACGCCACCAUGCGGCUCGCUGUCGCGCUCGCGAUCUUUUGCUUUGGCGCAGCGGCGUGCGGGCCCUCGCCGCCGGCCGCGCCCGCCUCCGCGCCCGCCUCCGCACGCGCCCCGCGCUCGCCCGCCGCCGCUCAGCGACUCCUGCAGCAGCUGCUAGCCGAUUACGGAGCAGAGGCGGAGGCCGAGGAGCAGUACCCGCGCCCGGCCGCCUACCCCCUGCGCGCCGUGCCGAUCGAACUGCCCAUAGGCGCCGCGUCCGGCUCGCGCCGCUCCGCGCCGCUCCGCCUGCUGCUGCUGCCCGUGCCGCUCCCCGCCCGCGCCGCUCCGAGGCAGAGGACAGAAUGCGACCUUCGCUCCGGACAGGAUCAGUACGGCGCUGACGACGACUACGAUGACUACGUUCCUGAGCCGAAACCGAGGCGGCCGUCGCGGCCCCGCCCCGCGCCGCGGCGCCGCCCCGCCGCGCCGCGCUUCCCCUCCUACGUGCGCGCCGACCAGCUCGACGAGGCGGCGACCAGCCCUCCCGUCGGAGUCGCCGUGUCAUCUAAGGAGCUUCUGGAAAAGUUCCGCGCUCAAGCGCCCACGGCGCCGCAGCUGCCGCCCGUGCUGCUGUCGGAACACGACGCCAGCGAGCGCGCGCCGCGCCCCGACGACCACGAGCCCGCCGCCGCCUAUCCGCCCGCCGCGCCGCCCGCCGCCGCGCCCUCCGCCGCGCCCAGCAGGAGCUACCUGCCGACGCAGACCGGCUUCGGCGUGUCGUUCGGCAGCGACGCGCGCGCGCGGGAGCCGCCGCGGCCGCGCCUCGCGCGCUCGCUGCUGCUGCGCGGCGAGCUGACCGUGCGCCGCGCCGACUACACCGAGACGUACAAGGCGUGGUGGGAUGCGUCGAGCGGCGCGGCGCGGGUGGACUUCUACGGCGGCGCCACGUCCACGUACCGCACGCCGUUGCCUGGCGGCGGCGUGCAGCGCUUAGAAAUGCGCGUGGACCGCUCCGGAGAGGGUGAGUUGCGGCGCUGCGGCCUCGCCGAGCGUGUCGCCGAUGCGCCCGACGACCGCGCGCCGCCCGCGCUGCCCGACCUACAGCUCUUCUCCUUCGCCGGCUACGCGCCGCGCGACGGCGAGCGCGCGGAGCUCUGGCGGCACACGCUCGCGGGGCGCGUGGGCGAGCUGGGCGCCGCGCGCGGCGAGGCGCUCACCUUCCGCCACGAGCUGCUGCUGCGCCGCGCCGCCGACGACAGCGCCACGCCACUCAGGUACACGGUGGGCGUGGACAGCUCGGUGCUGGGCGCCGACUGCGACGGCUACGAGCACCGCUACAGCGGCGUGCAGCAGCAGGAGCACGACCCUCGACUCUUCGCUCCGGACAUUGGUGACUUGUGCGAUUAUGUGGAGCAGCUGAACAGCUCGUCGGCCGAGCACUCCUCGCGCCUCGAGCCUCUGAGAGAGUUCACUCUGCCUCACCGCGACCCGCAGUACGACGAAGCCAUAGAGAGGUUCAAAGCGGAAUACAAUCGGCAGUACGUGGACGAGGCGGAGGAGGCGAUGCGCAAGAACUUGCUGAUGCAGCACAUGCGCUUCACGCGCUCCGGCAACCGCGAGGGCGCCACCUUCGAGCUGGGCGUCAACUUCCUCGGCGACCGGCUCGACGCUGAGCUCGACGAGCUGCUCGGCGUGCGCGCGGAGCCCGAGCGCGAGCUCGCCGAGCCCUUCCCGCAUUCGCGCUCCGACCUGCGCGCCGCGGACAAGGCGCUGCCCGAGCGCUUCGACUGGCGCCCGCGGGGAGCCGUGUCGCCGGUCAGAUACCAGGGCUCGUGCGCGUCGUGCUGGGCGUUUGCAGUGGCGGGCGCCGUGGAGGGCGCGCUGUUCGUGCGCACCGCGCGCCUCACGCCGCUGUCCGAGAAGUGCCUCGUGGACUGCGCACACCCGUUCGGCGGCAACGGCUGCAAGGGCACGUGGCCCAGCCACGCCUACGACUACGUGCAGAGCCGCGGCCUGCCGGCGCUCGCCGACUACCCGCCCUACAAGGACAAGGUGGAGCGCUGCGCGGAGCCGAGCGCGCGCCCCGUCACGCGCAUCAGCGCGCACGUGAACGUCACCGCCAACAGCGUGCCGGCGCUCAAGGUGGCGAUCAGGAAGCACGCGCCGACGGUGGUCAUCGUGGACGCCAAGGCCAAGAGCUUCGUGUUCUACAAGAAAGGCGUCCUCUACGACGAUCGAUGCGGCAAGGCGGGCGGCAAGCUGAACCACGCGGUGCUGGCGGUGGGAUGGGGCGCGCGGCGCGGCGAGCCACACUUCGUGCUAAAGAACUCGUGGUCGGAGGCGUGGGGCGAGCGCGGCUUCGUGCGCGUGCAGGCGCGCGCCAACACGUGCGGCGUGCUCGCCAAGCCCUCCUACCCGCGCCUCGAGCGCGCUGACGUGCUGCGCGCCGCGCCCGGCGAGGAGGACGAGCCCGUCGACCAGUAGUGCACACUUGCCACUGCUGCCGAGGCUGAGCGGUCGUUGUGAAAUAGAUAAACUAUAGUAAGUUGAGUGACAGUCAUUCAAUUGCAAUAUUUGAUCGACCAGCAACUGUCGUCCAGAGAUACGGGUACACAGAGUAAAUAAUUCUGUAAAACUGCAGAGGUCCGGUGCGUCUAGAUGUCACCCUAGCGGUCGCCCUCACUCGUCAGCGCCACUCGUGGAGGCUAGCUGGCAGCUGUAGCCAUAGCUCUCCGGAUCGUGUCGCCUCAUUUCUCUCCUUCACUUUCCUCUAGCUCUGAUACAUUGAAUGCGAGCUGUGGCUACGAGUAGGGCUACAAUCUACGAUCGUGCAGAAUAUUAAUGUUUUACUCUAUACUAAUAAAUUGUAGCCUGUUGGAUACCCAAUAAAAUAAAUCAUAAAGCUGUUAAUAAUGUUAUGUUAAGACUGUAUGGGGUCACCGACUGCUCCCUGCUAGAUACUAGACGUCGCGCGUCGCGCGUCGCACAUCGCGCGUCGCGCAUCGCGCGUCGUGCGCAGCGCAGAGGCAGGAGGUUCGUCGGUGCGCAGUGACAUGUACCAUCUUUAUA